AUGUGCGUAUCCAGUGGCCCUAUGGUGGGCGAUCGCGACCGAGAGCGUGAAGCGGUGCGCUGGGAACUGGGGAAACUCGCCACCCCGUUUAAUAAUGGUGGACCGGGAACAACCGCCGCGAUGUGCAGCGGUCCAGCAGCAGCGCCGGGUGGUCCACUGCAGGGCGGUAGCUUUGACGAUGGGCAGUUCACCACCACGACAACAACGAAUAUCGGCGGCGGCGGCAGCAUGGGCGGACCAGGAGCCGGUGGCGGCAGCACUGGCGGCCUCGGUGGAAUUGGCCUACCGGGUGGUGGCGGAACUGGAACAGGAGGUACUGGUAGCACUUCGGGUGGCGGCGGUGGCGGCGGCGCAGGUGGAAGUGCGAAGGAGGUCCGCUAUGCGCCCUUCCCGUCGGUUCAGUCUCCGUCCCUGCCCGGGACGACGGCCAACUAUAUGCAAAUGUCCCAGGCACCGCUGCAAAGGGCACAUUCCAGAUCAAUGUCAUCAAUACCACCGGAGCCGUUCAUGAUAAUGCGCUCGAAGGCGCUCAACCGCCGGGUGCUGAUCAACGUGGGCGGCGUCAAGCACGAAGUCCUGUGGCGAACGCUCGAACGGUUACCGCACACCCGGCUCGGGCGGCUGCGCGAGUGUAACACGCACGAAGCAAUAUCCGAGCUAUGCGACGACUACUCACUCAUAGACAACGAAUACUUUUUCGAUAGACACCCGAAGAGUUUCAGUUCGAUACUUAAUUUCUACCGCACCGGCAAGCUCCACCUGGUGGACGAGAUGUGCGUGCUGGCCUUUAGCGACGACCUCGAGUACUGGGGCGUGGACGAACUGUACCUGGAGUCGUGCUGUCAGCACAAGUACCACCAACGCAAGGAGCACGUUCACGAGGAAAUGCGCAAGGAAGCGGAAAGUCUGCGCCAACGGGAGGAGGAAGAGUUUGGCGACGGAAAGUGCGCCCAGUACCAGAAGUGGCUCUGGGAGCUGCUGGAGAAGCCAAACACUAGCUUUGCCGCUAGGGUAAUUGCCGUGAUAUCUAUUCUCUUCAUAGUAUUAUCAACGAUAGCUUUGACACUCAAUACAUUACCGUCCCUGCAAUCCGAACAUAAUGGCACCUCCCAGGACAAUCCCGAGCUAGCGAUGGUUGAAGCGGUGUGCAUCACCUGGUUCACGCUCGAGUACGUCCUGCGUUUUAGCGCAUCGCCGGACAAGUGGAAAUUUUUCAAAGGCGGCCUCAAUAUUAUCGAUCUGUUUGCAAUUUUGCCCUAUUUUGUGUCCCUGUUCCUGUUGGAGACCAACAAGAACGCCACGGACCAGUUCCAGGAUGUGCGCCGGGUGGUGCAAGUCUUCCGCAUCAUGCGCAUCCUGCGAAUCCUUAAGCUGGCCCGACAUUCAACGGGCCUGCAGUCGCUAGGCUUCACACUGAGAAAUUCCUACAAGGAGCUGGGUCUGCUAAUGUUGUUCCUGGCAAUGGGCGUUCUCAUCUUUUCGUCCCUGGCAUAUUUUGCUGAAAAAGACGAGCCUCAGACCAAGUUUAUAUCUAUACCCGAAACAUUUUGGUGGGCGGGAAUCACCAUGACCACGGUUGGCUACGGGGACAUCUACCCCACUACUCCGCUUGGAAAAGUGAUUGGUACCGUGUGUUGCAUAUGCGGCGUACUGGUAAUCGCAUUGCCCAUUCCUAUCAUCGUUAACAAUUUCGCUGAGUUUUACAAGAAUCAGAUGCGGCGUGAGAAGGCCCUCAAGCGGCGCGAGGCACUCGAUCGUGCCAAGCGCGAAGGAAGCAUCGUCAGCUUUCACCAUAUCAACUUACGCGAUGCCUUCGCCAAGAGCAUGGACCUCAUCGACGUCAUCGUCGACACUGGUGAACAAAGUGAUCUGAUGGAAUCGCCGGAAGAAUCGAUUCUGGCCACGCCGCUGGCCCCCAGACGAAGGCAGCCGCCGCUAUCCUCCCGACUGGCCGAGUUGAACGAAGAACUGCGUGCCGAAUCACCGAGACACAAUCUCUCAACCGGGGACGGCAACAGUACGGAGGAGGGCGAUUCGGUUGGUGGUGGCCGUAAUCCUGCCAUGACCGGAAUCGGGUGUUAUAAAAACUACAAACAUUCCGCUGCUGGAUUGAGGAAGAGUAUCAAUUCACAGUCCGAAAAUUACCCACAAAACUCAACGGGGCCAAUGGAUGCUGAGGCGGCUCCACCGUACAGUCCGUCGAUGCAACACCACAACAUGAUGAUCGACAUGGACGCAACCGAGGAUCAGCAACUCAUCAUGCAAGACACGCCGCAGCACGAACCAAUGUCAUGUUCGAGGGCGUACUACAACAAUCAAUGGAGCACCGAGGAAGUAGAAGAACUUCGACGACAAGUUGCUUUAGAAACAUCUUCCACCAGUAAACGGGACAAGUCCGAUACUGAACUGCCAUCCGAGUUUGAGUGUUGUUUUUGCACGUCGAAGGAGUACAAAGAGUUCAUCGAUGCUGAAGGUUUAAUGCCACUUCCAACUUCCGACUUCCACACGACGGUCUGCUUAGAGAUGCGUAUGCUAAAGAAUAAUAUGAAUAAUAAUUGUAUAGCCCCACCAGCACAAUUUGGUCCAAGUACAAUAUCAUAUCCAUAUCCGUAUAUGGAUACACCAAUCAAACAUUCUAAUAACUGUAAUAAUAAUAACGCUAGCGUUAGUAAUAACAAUAGUAAUAGUAACAAUGGUGAUUUAGCUAGUGUCGAUAGCUCCGAUACGUACGCUAGUUGUCAAACGCAUCCAUUCCUGUCACAAGGUGAUCUAACAUCCGAUAUUGUAGAUAUGUCAUUCGACUUAGACACGCUAGAUACGAACAAUCUGUACAUAAAUCCACUGGAGAAAGAUACUCAACAGCAGCGUUCCGUAGGUAGAGGCCAAGUAAAGAAAAGUGCUUCCGGAGACACUGGCCUGCGAAGUUUGGGCAUGAGUCCGAUGGACGAUGAGUACAAGCAGUUCCAGACGUCGUUCGACACGUCGGACCGAGGAAGUCGUGUCAGUUUGAACGAGACCCCGGUGCCAAAGCAUCGCAAGACCCGGUUCCAGCAGGGUGCUGCCUCGGCCGCAAUGGCCGCUGCAGCCGCGAGACCUAAGACCCGCUUCGAGAACCUCAAAUCGUCCAUCGAAAGUCUCGACGAGGCGGCUGGAAAUGGCCAAGCGGCGGCGAGCAGCAGUAGUGGACGAGCAAAAAAGACACGUAGAUCUUCCUUCAUGCCUGGCAGUAGGAGUAUAGCCUCGGCGACCAAGCUCAUCAACCAGCACCUGUUUGGCAUCCAAAAUCCGGCGCCAAAAGGUAAAGACGAUACUAAAAAGUUAUCACUAUCCAUAGAUUCGAUAGAAACGUCACCUCAGUUAGAAACUCAUCGACGAUCGAAAUCGAUCCUCAAAAAUAAAUCUGAAGCGUCGAGACUUUUGUCCGAUCCAGAAAGCGAAAGACUAUUGGCUGACAAUAUGUCUGGAUCCGGAGUCUCCGACAAUGGUGCCAAUAUGGGGAGCGACUCAAAUACUGACUACUCCGGAAGCACAAUGAUCGCCACCUCGAUCACCCCGAUAGCACAACGACAUCGGCUGAUACACCAGCGUUCGACACCGGCCUCGUUAGGCAGCAAAACACCGGCCAAGUUUCAGCAGCCCCGCUUCUCGCAGGAGGAAGCGGCCCGCCAGGGCAAACCGCAGCUGACCCGGGGCGUGGGCAUCGGCGCCUACGUCGAUCAUCUUACCGGUGACCGGCGGCUAGAUACAGGGACUAGGGAAAGUAGCACAGAAUCGGAAACAGCAUUCUCAACAUAUCUUGCAGCUAGUAAUAAUAGUAAUAAGGACAAAGCGUCUUUCGCUGGCAGCAGCUUGACAUCGAGCGAUGAAAGUAAGACCACCACCAGCAGAGGAAACUCAGUGGAGAACCACGGCGGAAGUAGCGGCUAUGGAGCAUCAUCAUCGUAGCAGCUUCAAAAACCAAACCUCAACGAAAAAUACUAAACCUAGUUGUCACGUAAAAGUACUGUAAGUUCGUGGAACAAUAUAUCAACUUCAGGCGAACAAGAAACUAGCAAAUCACUACAACAACAACCACAACCUAUACCAAAGCGAGCAACCUAGAAACGAGGAGAUGAUCUUCUAAAAUGCAAUCAACAAUUAAAGUAUGUGCCGACAAAAACAGUAACCAAAAAGAGAAACCAAAUGAGUACAUUAUUUAAAACCGGUCAAAAAUCUUUUAAAGACAGUCGAGUAGAGCAAACAAAAAAUAAAUUUAGGUAAACAUGAUUCAAUACAGCAGCAUAAACGAAGCAAAAGAGAACCAUUUCAUUACUUCAAGCAACAGCAAAUAACAUUAAUGUUCACAAAUAAAAUGAUAUUAGUCGCCAAUACUAAUCUUCAAAUGCAUCGAUUAAAUCGUCAAUCGCACUCUUCUAGGCUAGAGACAAACAGAUUAUAGCUUAAAGCGAAAGAAGACUCGAAAACUCACAAUCUGUCAUCGUAAAAGAUCGCGCGCCGAAAUAAACAAAAAAAACAUGCUCUGUAGUAAAUGCAACGAUCAAACAGCAGCAUUGCACGCACUUAUUAGCUUCAGCGAAGCUUGACCGAAGCAUCACACAUAUUUGUACUACACACAAACACUCCUCACGGAGACUGCAACGAAUCUUUGCAAUUCGUCCAAAAAUCGCCACCCCCCCGAAAUGUACUUAAGAGAUGGUUUUUGUUUAAGAUAAACCUCGAUUUAAAAUAAACUUUCAGCGUUUGUUUGUCCUUGCUUGAGAACUCUAUCUUAAUAUGAUUUAAACGAUGGUCGGCAGUUGAACAUGCAACCUGAAGGUCGUCUGUUCGAAUCCCGGAGUGGAAGGGGGACAGGUUGUAAAAAAGGUUUGAAUUGCCUCUCCAUUCAAGCUUAGCUUCGAACUCCUAGUCGAGUAGGAAUCUUGCAAUAAAAGCCAGGACCAAGUCGAAAGUACGAAAGGUCAUAAGCUGAAAACUCAUGGGAUAUUAUCUGUUUCAAUAAACAAAGAAACGCAUUUAUUUGUUGGAGUGCGUGCUAAGGCAUUAUUCUCCUGGAAGUACCAUUAACCUCUAUGACAACUUUUUACUCAUGCAAUGUCUGAUUGAAUGUUAAAGCUGUUCCUGAAAAUAUUAGGAUUUUCUUAAUCAAUAUAUUUGACUUUGAAUUUGAAAAAGUUUUUAUGAAGAACUUAAAAAAACAGAUCCGCUUCAAAGUGCAAAACAAAAAACAUUUCUAACAAAACUGAAUCAGAUCAAGUUUGUCAAAAGGGCAAAUUAAUUGUUUCAUUUUAGCUAAAUCAUGUAAGCUAAUAUGUAUAGACAAACAAUCGUUUAAGUUUCUUCCAAGUCCAGGAAAAUUUUCGAAAAACAAUCUCUUAAAAACUAGGAAAACCAGGAGGUGGGAUAAUUGUCCAUAUUUUGAAAACCACAAAAAUGCGCACGCUCUGGGCUGAAAGUUUUGCAAAAAAAAAACACGCUACUUGUAAAUAUACAUUAUACGAAUUUUAUUACGUAAAAAUGCGAAACAAAAUGAUGAAAAGUAUACCUGUGCAAACGAGAAUUUAGAGAAAAGGAAAUUCGAACAAACGAUUGAAUAAGAAUCCAUAUUUUAUGUUUUUUUAUUACUAAAGCCUUUGUUUGAAAAUUUAAAUCAACGAGCUGUGUAUAAACCGAAAUGGACAUGAAAUGAACGAGAAAAUGGGAUUUACAAAUGAAAUUUUACUGUAAUGCUAAUUUAUCAAUGCUUUUUUUUUUUGCAACGAGAUACCAUAUUUUCAUAUGAAAGAUUGAAACUAUUAAAUGUUCGUUUUAAAAGGCUUUUACAAAAACUUUGAAUAUUGUUUUUGAUAUAUUCGACAUGGAAAAAAAACUUAGGUCACUUUACAUAACCUUAUAAAUUCAAAACUAUUUUAGUAAACUUCAAAGUCAACGCGCAAGGUCCUAUCUAAACCAUUCAAACUCAUAUUUGGAAUUCGGGCUGAUAAAAAUAAUGUUUUCUAUCUACAUCUUCAAUAAGGAGUUGAUAAUGCAUCCUAUUUUUUUCAGCAUAAUAUUAUGAUUUUUGAACCCAUAACUUUGAAAACUCUUUUGUAUAUUUUAUUGCUUAGUUUACUACCUUUAAAAAUUGUUUUUAAUUGUCUGUUGGUUGAAGACAUUUUCAAUGCUAAUUGAAUUUAUUUUGCUAUAUACAAAGAGAUUUUUGAAAUAAUAUGCAUUUUUGAGAUGAACUUCAACAGAACAGUUUAUCAAAUUUUCUCUAAAAUUCGAAAAGAUAUGACAAAUUUCAAUGUCUGUCUAUUUAAUUUUGUUUUAAAAAUAAACCUAUACAAUGUACUUUUCGAAAAAUCUUUCCCUACACUUUUUUCUAUAACGUUGGAAAUCACUCAGAAAAAAAAACAGUCCUAGACAAUCAAUUUAUUUACAGCAACGUACUAUCAAAUCGAAACAGACUGUAAACAAACCAUUUUAGCAGCUGUACAAAAAUUAAAAUGGCUAACAACCGAACUUCACCAGCAGUUUUGACCCACUUUAUACUGUAAAAAAAUCUUUUCAAUAACCACUUAUACUUAAAAGUUUAAAAAAAACAAUCACACUUUUUUUUGUCAAUCAAUCUUCUUGCAUAAGAUUGAGUAACUGUCUUACUGCAAAAAUCAUGAUCAAAUCGCUGCAGCAAACGAAUAGAAUUACGAUUAAUUGACUCUAAAAGAAAUUACAUUAAUCGAAAGCAAUACAAUCUCUAAUGUAAAUUGAAAUCUCAUUUCUGCGUACGAGAAAUUUUUAUACACUUUAUACCACACUCCACCCAGCAAACAGCCAACACUGCUUAAUUCCAAAGUCCACAUCCAAGAAAAAUACAAAAAAAGACAAACUGCUUAUCUAUCAUACCUAACAGGCAACAAACCCAAACCAAAGUCUUACAAAGCGGAGAAUUGACCUCUUUUCAAUUGAAUGUUGACUACUAAAUCAAGCAUGCAAGCUAACAAAAACAAACACGCGUUUAAAACGGCAAGCAUACAAGCAAAACACAUAAUAGUAAAGAGAGAGAAAUAAAAAGGUUCGCAACGGGGUUGUUUAGAAUUAAGGAAAACAAUGGAGAAUUGUAAGCUUCUUCUCUCGAUAACAAAAAAAAAACACAAAACUACAAAUAAUGCGACCGCUGACAGAAAAAAAAAUAGAUGAAAAACAACACGAUAUAAAUACAAUGAAAAAGAACAUAAAAAUGAUGGCUUUUAUCUGUGAUUUAAUUAAAAAGAGUAAAAGUUAAAAAAUGUUAGUAAAACCGUGUAUAUUACAAAUAAAUUUAAAACUAUGUUAACAUUAAAGUAAAACAAAACAUGUGCUUUUUAAAUAUUUUCGAUAUGAAGACAUUAUAUAUACAAAAUCACUUGUGGGAAAGAACAACUAUAAAUAAAAUAGACAGUCGAAAAUGUCUAGAUUAUAACAAACCAGGAAAACUAAACCAACAAAAGGAAUAUAAAUACAUUAUAUUGAAACUAUAUAUGUAUGUGUAAAAAAUAACUGAAUCUAAGCAAAACUGCGAAUGAUGAUAAUUAUAAGAAAUUUAGGUUAAGCAAACCAGGUACACACAAUUUAAGUCGCAAAAGUAUAACUUUAAGCAAAACUUUACAACGCAGUUUACUUCUAAAAGACCUUUAAAUUUGUUUUCUUUGUUUAUUUGUUCACGUUGUUUUUGUUAUGAGCUGGUCACCAGGACUGUUACGAGCUAGUCACCAUUACUGAAAGUUGAGCAACUUAUUCUAGUCAUUACUUUAAGAAUAAAUUUAUCAUGCUUAUGUGUAGGGUUAUGUUUUUGUUAAUGGUUUACGUCAAACUUAUUAUUAUGAAUAAAGAAUGAGUUUCAUAAAUGCCACUUGAAUCAUUUUUUUAUAUGUUUUCCUUUUUCUAACUUUUUUUUCAUGAUAGUUUUUCCUUCAUUUGUAAUUUUUUACUUAUAAAUCAUUUGUGGUUUUAAUCUACUUUAAAAAGAUUAAAUUUUCAUAAUUCAGAACACAUAAUGUAUCAAUCACUAUCAAAAAAUAGUUUGUGGUCAUUUUCAAUACUGUUUUUCAAAUUGAUAAAAUGAUUGCAUUACAUUAAAAACUCCUUUGUCUGAGCAAAAACUUUAUUUAAGUUGUCUGCUAAUUCAAGCAUUUUCGUUUGCGUUCUGAUAAUUUUACAUGUACAACUAAACACUAAAUUUAGGAACCACUGAAAACAAACAAAAAACGAGCGCGGUUUAGUAACGUCCUAAUUUCUACAAAAAUGCAAACAUUUAGGCGAGAUAAUCAAUGAACAAAAUUCUCAGCACAAAAAGAAUGCUAAAAAGUAAAAACUUAUCAAAAUUCAGCGAAUACACGAAAAUUUAAACUAAGGCAUGUAUUGAACAAACAAACCAUACAAUUUAGGCAAAUGUUUAUACACACACAAAAUUUUGAACGAGCGCGUCAGUAUGUAAAAAUGCAAUAAUUGGUUUACUGUGGUACCUUGUUAUUUCCGUUUCAGAAUCUUGCACUUUUACUUUUUAUCAAAGGAAUUUAUAUUUUGUACGCAAAUGUGAAAUGAUUGUGAGCAUGGGUUACUCGAAUGAUAUCUCUGGCUUUUUCGCUUCGACAACACAUAAAAAGCUAAAAGAGAGUAUUUUAUUAUGCAACAAGUAACUUAUUAAUUACAGGCGCAUUUUUUAUUGAGCAAGUGAGAUGUACGGUUUAGAAUAAUUGUUAUACUCUGAUAUGAAUUAAAACGGAUAGUUAUUUUUAAAAGCAUGGUUAUCGUGUAGAGAGAAUGUGAAAGUCAUCAUCUAAUUUUACAAUACGUAUUCAAAUUAAAUGUAAAAAAUAGUUAAAACAAAACGCAUUUCGCCGAUUUUGAAAAUAUGAAGAAAUAACCCUAAGAACUACGUUCCUCCCAAAUAACAAUUCCGGUUUCGUCUUGAUAAAUGUUCAGUUAAAAGUAUACCCGAGGUCUUUAAUGCACUUAUCGAGAUAAUAGAAGCAUUCAAAAAAUUUCAUUUAAAAAAAUCAUUCAAAAGAUAAUUUGAAUAAAAACCAUGAAUUUCCAACUACUUUUAAGUGUAAUUUUUAAAAAGGAAACUCGAAUUGUUAUUUGGAUUGUUUGUCCACAAAUGAUGCUAUGGAGUUAAAAAAAACAAUAUUUUCCCCACCCGUGUAGAGUAAACCAAGUGACAAUUAAAUAAGAUUCACGUUAUCACCCGCCAAAUGUGAAAAUCUAGUUUGUAAACACGUCACUUUGUUCAUAUUUAAUCAAAAAUACAUUAAUUUGAUAAUUACAUGGAAUCACGAAUCAUGGAAAGGAUGCAUUCAAACAGGAUGAGAGCUGCUACAGUUUGAGACAAAGUGAAUGCAAGUAAUGGAAUACAAUAUUUGCAAUUUAUCCUUCGAGCAAAACAAUUAAAAUGCAAUUUGUAAAAUAGAAAAUUACAUUUAUGGUUUUGUAAUAUGUUAUUUUUCUCAUUCAAACGCCAUUUUUAAACGACAAACAACAAAUGGGAAAACUGUGAAAAGUCUAUACAAAAUUUAGAUGAAAAAUAAACAGAAAACAUUUUUAUUGAUAAUAAA